CACCGUCCUGCUCCCCGCUCACUCCUCGCCGUAUAUCUGUAGAUGACCCUCUUCCGUUCCUCUCUGCGUCUCCGUCUCCCGGUCACACUCCUCUCCCCACCUCCAAUCCACAAACACAGCCGACUUUUCUCUGCAAGCCACCGAUUGUUUACCGCCGCCGAGAUGCCAGUGGACACGUCGCAGCGUUUGGCGAAGCUGAGGGAGUUGAUGAAGGAGCGGCAUGUUGAUGUGUACCUCAUCCCAUCCGAAGACAGCCAUCAGUCAGAAUACAUUGCACCAUGCGACGCUCGUCGAGCAUUCAUCUCCGGCUUUACCGGUUCUGCAGGAUGUGCCAUCGUCUCCAUGUCCAAGGCUGCCCUCUCCACCGAUGGGAGAUACUUCAACCAAGCCGCCAAACAGCUCGAUGAGAAUUGGCUCCUGCUAAAGCGUGGAAUGGAAAACGUCCCCACCUGGCAAGAAUGGACCGCUGAACAGGCAGAAGGAGGCAAAGUUGUCGGCGUUGACCCGUCGCUCAUUACAGCGGCCGAGGCACGCAAGCUUUCUGAUACGAUCAAAAACACCGGUGGAUCCCUCGUUGGUGUCCCAGACAACUUGGUUGAUCUUGUAUGGGGAGGAGACCGACCCGCCCGCCCAAGGGAGAAGGUCAUGGUCCAUCCUAUAGAGUUCGCUGGGCAGUCAUUCGAAGAGAAGAUCACAGACUUGCGAAAGGAGCUCACCAAGAAGAAGAGGGCCGGCAUGGUCAUAUCGAUGCUUGAUGAGAUUGCGUGGCUUUACAACUUGCGAGGCGCUGAUAUCCCAUUCAACCCCGUCUUUUUCGCAUACGCAAUCGUUACUCAUUCCACGGCCGAGCUCUUUGUUGAUGAAGCUAAAUUGACCCAAGCGGUCAAGGAGCACCUUGGGGAUAAAGUCGCUUUGCGACCUUACGAAUCCAUCUUUGAGUCCCUAAAACUGCUCAGCCAGGCAGCGGCCAGCAACGGUGAUGAAGGCCACCAGAAAUUCCUGCUGUCUGACAAGGCUUCCUGGUCUCUUAACCUGGCUCUGGGAGGGGAGGAGAAGGUCGAAGAGGUCCGGAGUCCCAUCGCCGAUGCCAAGGCCGUCAAGAAUGCCGUCGAGCUCGAAGGAACGAGGGCAUGCCAUAUCCGUGAUGGAGCCGCUCUGACGGAGUACUUUGCCUGGCUUGAGAACGAGCUGAUUAACAAAAAGACUGUGCUCAACGAGGUUGAUGCCUCUGAUAAAUUGGCACAAAUCCGCUCCAAGCAUAAGGAUUUUGUCGGCCUCUCCUUUGACACCAUCUCCUCUACCGGACCAAAUGCUGCUAUCAUCCACUACCGAGCCGAGAGGGGUAAUUGCCCAAAUAUUGACCCCAAUGCUGUUUAUCUUUGCGAUUCAGGUGCGCAGUACCUCGAUGGGACAACUGACACCACCCGCACUCUUCACUUCGGCAAGCCAACGGAGAUGGAGAAGAAGGCAUAUACGCUCGUCCUCAAGGGUCUGAUCAGCAUCGAUACUGCUGUUUUCCCCAAGGGCACCACCGGAUAUGCGAUAGAUGCUUUCGCCAGGCAGCAUCUGUGGCGGAAUGGAUUGGACUAUCUGCACGGUACUGGCCACGGAGUUGGCUCAUACCUGAAUGUCCAUGAGGGACCAAUGGGCAUUGGCACGCGAGUCCAGUAUGCAGAAACUCCCAUCACCGCGGGCAACGUCUUAUCUGAUGAACCUGGUUACUACGAAGAUGGCAAUUUCGGCAUCCGAAUUGAAAAUAUCGUUGUGGCCAAGGAGGUCAAAACCCCGCAUAAGUUCGGGGAUAAGCCAUGGAUUGGAUUCGAGCAUGUCACUAUGACACCUCUCUGUCAAAACUUGAUGGACACUUCUUUGCUGACGGCAGAGGAGAAGAAGUGGGUGAAUGACUACCACACUGAAGUCUGGGAGAAGACCAAGGGAUUCUUCAACAACGAUGAGUUGACAAGGAAUUGGCUGAAGCGGGAGACACAGCCGAUUUAA